CUCAGGUUUAUGGGUUCCUUCAAGUGAUGUUAAGCCAUCCUCCCCCAUUUUCUCGCAGCGCUGUGAUUGAACACACCAACAGGGUGAUUUUUCUGGAAGAUGAUGACGUGGCAGCCGUGGUUGAGGGCCGCCUCUCCAUACAUCGGAUCAAGCGAACUUUUGGAGAUCAUCCUAGCCGGGCGGUUCAGACCCUCCAGAUGGAGCUGCAACAGAUCAUGAAGGGCAACUUCAGUUCGUUCAUGCAAAAGGAAAUAUUUGAGCAGCCAGAAUCUGUCGUGAACACCAUGAGAGGGAGAGUCAACUUCGAUGACUACACAGUGAACCUCGGGGGCUUGAAAGACCAUAUCAAGGAGAUCCUGCGAUGCCGGCGUUUGAUCCUCAUCGCUUGUGGGACAAGCUACCACGCAGGCGUCGCUACUCGCCAAGUGCUGGAAGAACUGACGGAGCUGCCUGUCAUGGUGGAGCUGGCCAGUGACUUCUUGGACAGAAAUACUCCCGUCUUCCGCGAUGAUGUCUGCUUCUUCAUCAGCCAGUCAGCAGGGGAGACGGCCGACACCUUGAUGGCCCUUCGGUACUGCAAGGAAAGGGGAGCCCUCACGGUGGGCAUCACAAACACCGUCGGGAGCUCCAUUUCACGGGAGACGGACUGUGGGGUGCAUAUCAACGCAGGGCCAGAGAUCGGGGUGGCCAGCACAAAGGUGAGGAGCCUGGGCGUAAAGAGGAGCUCAGAGGCGCAGGUUGGUGUGAAGGUGUGGCGGCUUAUCAGGUCUUAACUCUGGAGUCCCCAUGCCAACUGCACCUGGGCCCUCCUGCUUUUCUUAAGGCCGGGAGUUGCGGUCCCAGGAAUUAAUAUCCACCUGCAUUCUGGAAAAGCCUCCGUUUU